AUGUCAGCCGCCGGACCCCAGCCAAAACGAUCCCAGUAUUAUAUGGAUCCUGACAAUCUCGAUGAGGAAUUGGCCAAGGUUCCUUUGUUCAUGUCACACCUUCCCGAAGAAGAGAAUGAUACGCUUGAAGCCUUACAAUCCCUCGUCUAUGAUGGUCCACCUGAAGAGAUUGCUGAAAACUUCAAGAACCAGGGAAACGAGUGUUUCAAGGAAGGCAAGCUCAAGUACAAGGAUGCCAUUGAUUACUAUACGAGAGCUUUGGAUAUCGACUGCAAGGAUCAAAAGAUCAAUGAAGCUUGCUUGGCCAAUCGUGCUGCUGUCAAUUUGGAACUAGGCAACUACGGUCGAGUGUUACGUGAUUGUGCCAAAUGUCUGGAAUUGAAUCCUCAACACACUAAAGCAUUGUAUCGGUCAGCACGUGCUUUACUUGUAUUGGAUCGUGUGGAUGAAGCUCAUGAUUGUUGCGUGCAUGCUUUGGCUGUGGAUCCUGACAAUGAACCCGUCAAGGCUAUCCAGAAAAAGUGCAUCGCCCGUAAAGAACAAAUCGAAGCCAAGCAGCGACAAAAGGAAGAAAAGGAACGUAAGGAAAAAGAAGAGAAGCAGCGAUUGGAGCAGGCCUUCAAGGAUCGCAAAAUCAAGUUUGAGAUUACGGAUAAGGAAGUUCGUGAAAAAGCCAACAUUCAAUUGGAUCCAGAGACCAACACGUUAUCUUGGCCAGUGUUCUUUUUAUACCCCGAGUAUAAAGAGAGUGAUUAUAUCCAGUCUUUCAACGAGACCCAUACUUUCUUGGAUCAUUUGGAGAUCAUGUUUGAACAACGAGCACCUUGGGAUGAACGUGGAGAAUACACGCCAGAUAAUUUGGAAGUCUAUUUUGAAAACAACCAAAAGUUGAAUACGGGCAUCAUCAAGAUCGGCAAAAAGUUACCACUUGGCAAAAUCCUAUCACUCGAUCAAUAUGUCGUGACCAAUGGUGUGCCCAGCUUUAUUAUUCUCCCCAAGAAUUCACCAUUCAAAGAAGAGUUUUUGGCCAAAUAUAAAAAGCAAUAA